UUGAGCCUUGGGUGGGUUGGGGCGGCGGUCAUGCUUUCCCCAGAAGGGAAAAAUGCUCCUCAGUGAGAGGGAGAGACGGACUAGGACUGCUGCAAAAUGCAACGGGGGCCGCUAAGCUCGAUGGCUUUGAAAGGGCGCGUGGGGUUAAGAGAAAUUAGUGCCGGAAGCGGGUGAUAGGUCAGUCGCCGGCAAUUAUUUGUGGUGGCUGUGUGGGGCUUCCAUGUUCAGGGGCAGUCUACCUCUGAAUACUUUGACCAGAUGGGCCCAUAGACCAAGUCAGCGCUUCCUGUGUCCUAACGCUUUUUCUCUGCAAGACUACCGUUUGCAAGGGCUCUGGGAACAUGCAGGGAGUGUCAGCACGUCCCUUUCCAAAAGGGCCUUUCAGACGUUACCAAACUUGUCGCACGUGCUUGAGAAAAAAAGGGGGGGCGUUGUUUCCUAGUUCCCACCUAUGCAGUGGAAAACUAGUGUGGGUCCUGACCACUUCCAUGUGGGUUGCAUGUUCAGUACUAAAUGCGUGCAUAGCUGCCAAGUUAUCCCUUUUUUCAGGGAUUUUCCAUUAUGCUGAAUAGGCUUCCUCGCGAGAAAAGGGAAAACUUGGCAGCUAUGAAUGCGUGUGAAGCAGCAUGAAGUGUGUUGGGAGAAGUGCUCACUUGCCCCCACCCCUCAUUCCCCCCUCCCAGGUUAUCUGAUGUCCUUUAUGGGCACUCCUACAGCACACAUUUCCACUAGCAGUGACAGGCCACCAGGCAGAGCUCUUAGCAUUGCAGGUUCUUGGGGGGAGGUGGAAGAACGUGCUUUAAAGAACUGGCACAGAUGUGAGCCUGCCUGCUCUUGCCCUCCCCCUUCCUUCUGCAACUGGCUCCUUGGCCCCACCCUUUGCAAGACCUCAUCUCACUCUUGCAGCAGCUCUGUGGAGGCUACACUUGACCAAGAGAGAGUGGGAGAGAGCCUCUUGUAGCAUCACAUAGCUUAACACACUGGAAUGGACUCUUGCUUCUGCUUCACUUGCUGCUGAUUCUCAGGACCUGAAAAGCCAACAGCAGUGGUUUCCACUUGGUGUCUGCUGUGAUUUUACUGCGUUCUUGGCUCAGAGGGCAACCGCCCCCCACGCAAGACAAUAUAUAGGUGCCUGUUUUAAUGCAUGAAAAUGGCCAGCAUUACACAGAUAUCCAAAGAUGAGCUAGAGGAACUCAGGGAGGCCUUUGCCAAAGUCGAUCUCAACAGCAAUGGAUUCAUCUGUGAUUAUGAGUUGCACGAACUCUUCAGAGAAGCCAACCUUCCCCUUCCUGGAUACAAAGUGAGGGAGAUCAUCCAGAAACUGAUGGUAGACGGGGACAAGAACAAAGAUGGGAAGAUCAGCUUUGAAGAGUUUGUUUACAUCUUCCAAGAGGUGAAAAGCAGUGACAUCGCCAAGACUUUCAGAAAAGCCAUCAACAGAAAAGAAGGCAUUUGUGCUAUCGGUGGGACAUCUGAGCUCUCCAGUGAAGGCACCCAGCACUCCUACUCAGAGGAAGAAAAAUAUGCCUUUGUGAACUGGAUAAACAAGGCUUUGGAGAACGAUCCGGACUGUAAGCAUGUCAUUCCAAUGAAUCCAAAUACAGACGAUCUCUUCAAAGCUGUUGCGGAUGGGAUUGUGCUGUGUAAAAUGAUCAACCUUUCUGUUCCUGACACAAUUGAUGAAAGAGCGAUCAACAAGAAAAAACUAACACCAUUCAUAAUUCAGGAAAACCUGAACUUGGCCUUGAACUCGGCCUCUGCCAUUGGGUGUCAUGUGGUCAACAUUGGAGCAGAAGAUUUGAGGGAAGGGAAGCCACAUCUGGUCCUAGGGCUUCUGUGGCAGAUCAUCAAGAUUGGCUUGUUUGCAGACAUAGAACUCAGCAGAAAUGAAGCCUUGGCUGCCUUGCUCCGAGAUGGGGAGACUUUGGAAGACCUGAUGAAGUUGUCUCCAGAGGAGCUGCUAUUGAGAUGGGCCAACUUCCACCUGGAAAAUGCUGGGUGGCACAAGAUCAACAACUUCAGCUCAGAGAUCAAGGACUCCAGAGCAUACUACCAUCUGCUCAACCAAAUUGCACCCAAAGGACAGAAGGAAGGGGAGCUGCAAAUUGACAUCAACAUGUCUGGCUUCAGUGAGAAAGACGACUUGAAGAGGGCUGAGUGCAUGCUUCAGCAGGCAGACAGACUGGGCUGCCGUCAGUUUGUCACCCCAGCAGACGUUGUGAGUGGCAACCCCAAACUGAACUUAGCUUUUGUGGCCAACUUGUUCAACAAGUACCCGGCACUCACCAAGCCUGAAAACCAGGACAUUGAUUGGACACUGCUGGAAGGUGAGACCCGAGAAGAAAGAACAUUUCGCAACUGGAUGAACUCUCUUGGCGUGAACCCCCAUGUGAACCAUCUCUACGGUGAUCUGCAGGAUGCAUUGGUUAUCUUGCAGCUCUAUGAAAAGAUAAAAGUUCCUGUUGACUGGAGUAAGGUCAACAAACCCCCGUACCCAAAACUUGGAGCAAACAUGAAAAAGCUGGAAAAUUGCAAUUAUGCCAUCGACCUAGGGAAGCAUCCGGCAAAGUUCUCCCUGGUUGGCAUUGGCGGACAAGACCUCAAUGACUGCAACCCAACUCUCACUCUGGCUUUAGUGUGGCAGCUGAUGAGAAGAUAUACUCUGAACGUCCUAGAGGAUCUUGGAGACGGUCAGAAGGCAAAUGAUGACAUUAUCGUAAGUUGGGUAAACAGGACCUUGGCAGAAGCUGGAAAAUCAAGUUCUAUCCAGAGCUUUAAGGACAAGAGUAUUAGUAGCAGCUUAGCCGUUGUGGACUUAAUUGAUGCCAUUCAACCUGGUUGUAUAAAUUAUGAUCUUGUGAAGACAGGAGAUCUGUCAGAGGAAGAUAAACACAAUAAUGCCAAGUAUGCUGUGUCGAUGGCUAGGAGAAUCGGGGCCCGUGUGUAUGCUCUCCCCGAGGACCUGGUGGAGGUGAAACCCAAGAUGGUAAUGACGGUGUUUGCCUGCUUGAUGGGCCGAGGAAUGAAGAGAGUUUAAGAGCCCAAGCACCAAAACCAAAGCACCCAGACCAACCCACCCCCACCCCCACCCCAGUUUGUGUCUUGCAAGAGCAGCUGAUUCCAGAGGGAAAGGCUGCCAGCUUCUACAGUAGCAGCAGCAGCAGCAACAACAACAACAGAACUCUUGGUGUGGUUUUUGUUUUGUUUUGUUUUGUUUUUAAAGGUGAACUCUGUAUUUUGUCCUGCAAAAGGCAGAAAUGCGAUGAGAAUUCUCAGAGAAAGAGAUGAUGGGAGCGUUAACCAGCCACAAGAGCUUUCUUCCCCCAGAUUUUUUUUAGAAAGGUUUGUUUUCUCAAGUGCCUGAAAGAAAGCAUUUGGAUAUCUUUGUGGAGCAGACUGCUGGGCUGGCAGCUGAGGCUUCCUUCCUUAGAUGCUCAGUUCUUUAGUGGGCUGUCGGAGGUGGCUGACAUCAGUCCUUAAUAGUGAUGCAUCUCACUCUUCUGUCUUAACAAAAGGGGGUGGGGAAUCUAGUGUUUAUUUUCUUUAAGGUGGUCUUAGAAAGUGUGACAGAAUGUGUGACAGCACUGAGUUUCCAUUGAAUUUUUGCUGCAGUUCCAUUGAGGCAAAGGCAGUAACCAGAACUGUGGGUUACCCCAGGCACAAAAAGGAAGGAAGGAAGGAUGGAUCUUGGCUAAUAAAAGGCUGCAUUUUGCAGCUAGUUAUAAAUUAUAGAACUGGGUGAGGUUGUAUACGUUCUGUAAUUCUGCAUCAUUUUCUCAGCAAUUAUAAGCUGGUAGGUUUAAUUUGUCCUGUAUGAUUUGGGCCACAACCCUAACCCCACUUGCGAGGGGUAAGCCCCAUUGAAGUAAAUAAUACUUUUGGGUGGGCACGGUUAGGAUUGCAGUGACAGUCACGGGGAGAGGCUAUGCCAGGUGCUUAUUCCCUACCACUUUCACACUGGUAAUCUUGAUGUAAAAUGCCAGUGGUUUCUAAAAUUUCAGCUAGCAUGGCCUACACUUCCUCAAACAUGAAUCAUAGAAUCAUAGAGUUGGAAGAGACCACAAGGGCCAUCCAGUCCAACCCCCUCUGUAAAGCUAGAAACUUGUUUUUUGAAAACAAAAGCCCAAUUAACCUCACCCAGUUCUUUUCCCAGUGGUCCUGUGGGAUGGAAACCUGCACACAGCUUGUCUCAAGGACACAGACAGGAAGGAACAGGGUGGAAAUGGUACUUCCAAAGAUGAGUCUUCCAGCAGUAUUCUCAAAACAUGGUGCUGCUCUUACCUUUAUUUUUCUUCUGUACAGCCUAACGAUGCUUUUUAUUCCUUCGCAGGCACAAGCAUAUCAGGGUUCCCCCCUUUUUUGGCUAAGUUUUCUCUUCAUAUAUAAAACAAAUUCUUUUGUUUUGAGAACUACCACCUUCAAAGGCUACUGCCAACUGCUUCAGUAAACCAAAAGAACCAAAUGAAUGCAUUUUUUUGGGUAAUAUUAUCUUGGUUCAGUUUGUAUUUUGCUAGAGAUCUUUGUUGUUUAACCCCAGAAUAUGCAUGCGAAACACACACACACACACACACACACACACACACACACACACACACACACACCUAUCUAUCUAUCUACAGGGCUUUCCCAAACCCAGCUCACUGGAACUCAGUUCUGGCCCUCUCAGGUGGGCACCAUUGCCAUUAUAAGAGAGCAAGGGAGGUGUUCAUGGUGAGUUCCAGCACCUCUUUUUGUAGAAAAACAACAUGUGUGAGUGUGUGUGUGUGUGUGUGUGUGUGUGUGUGUGUGUGGAGAAAAGCAUGGUGGAUGGGACCAGGCCUAUUCCACAAACAGCAGGGACCAGUAAUUGCGGAAUGUGCUGAGAUUUCAAAAACUAUUUUUUUAUAUAAAUAAAAAAGGGAUAUGUUGUCAGCAAUGAGAAGGCAUUCUAUCCAUAGGAGCAAGUGUAUUCUGGCUUUGGCGAGCUGUUAGCUACCCUUCAGGUCAUAUUGUUAUUCUGAGCUAUUCAAAACGAUGUAAUAUGGAGACAAAGCAAAAGUUGUUUAAAGUUGAAAUAAAGUUGUUUAAAAUACAGACCAAA